CAACUCUUUUAAAUAAUAGGCAUAUACGAAAAUAACUGAUCUGUCAUUACAAAAGGUCAAGGUCAUGGCUGUGACAAUUGCAAAAGCCACUGCUAAGCUUGGAGUUGUAGGGGGAACAGUGUAUUUCACAGCCAAAGAGGGGCUCUGGGGGAACAGUAAAGAAACGAAUGACGCUUACAAACGCCUGAAAUCAAAAACACUUGAUGAAUGGCUCCCAGCCAGUGUGGACAUGAAACCAAGUACAAGCAAGAAGCUUGUAUCAAAACCAUUAACUCAGAAGAAGGAAGAAACCCCUGCUGUCAAAUCUCAGCAGCCCUCACAGUAUAAUGCUUGUGUGAACACUGUUUUCAAAACUCUAGCAGACUUACCAGAAACAGUACCUGUGAAAGUUAACUCUGUAGUCACUUACUUCAAGAACCUUGGGUGAAAGUGACAGAAAUAAUUGCAUUUUUUAUGAAAACAUUAAAUUUUGUGAAUACUGCAUUAAACAUGUGAAACAAGA